AUGGCACCUUUUGUUCGUUUUCUCGCCUCGGCGGCAUUGGCAGGAACGUCGCAACAUCAUCUCUCGAUCGACCAUUUGGUUUAUGUCACUCCGGACUUGGAAUCCGCCAUUCAAGAAUUUGAAGAUAAGACAGGAGUUCGACCGACCAAGGGAGGCAGACAUCUCGGCUUGGGUACACACAAUGCCUUUUUGGCCUUGGGCAAUGGAAGAUAUUUGGAGCUCUUUGCCCCUGAUCCCGAAGCCGAGGUUCCUCUGCAGACGAUAAUUGGUGUGGAUGGACCCAAGCCACGAUUGUCCACCUUUUGCUGCAGAUCUCCCGGAAUUGAGACCCUGAUUCAACACUUUCAAAGUAGCAUCGACGAUGUGUAUAAAGACUUGUUGCCCCAAUCCGUAGAAUCUGGAAGUCGGACAAACGAAGCAGAUGGGACGACUAUUUCAUGGCGGAUUGCUUCCGAAAAACAUGCAGUGCCGUCAGAAGAACUUCCAAUGGGAGGCUUGUUGCCGUUCUAUAUUGACUGGGGAGACUCUUUCAGUGUGCACCCAUCCAAAACUGCACCCCAAGGAUGCACCCUACUAACGUUAGAGGCAUUUCAUCCUGAACCAGAAGGGCUCACCAAAGUUAUAAAAGCGAUUGGUUCUAACUUGGAAGACUUGUUGAUUGUGAAAGAUGGUGACGACCCCCAGCUAGUCGCGACUCUGGAUACGCCGAAUGGCAUUGUUACGCUAUAG